AGGUAUUGUUCAUCUACAGCCACUACAAACAAGCAGCUAUGGGUGACAUAAACACAGAAUGGCCUAGGCUAUUGAAUCUCAAAGGCAAGGCCAAGUGGGAUGCCUGGGAUCAGCUGAAAGGGACUUCCAAAGAAGAUGCCAUGAAAGCUUACAUAAAUGAAGUAAAAGAUCUAUAGAAAAAUUAUGGAAUAUAAGAGACUGGA